GACGCGCUUCUGUCUCCCCUCCACCACCGCUGUCCCACACCAGUGCCAGCCAGCCUCGUACAAUUUAAAUGCUUAUGCCCCCAGCGCCACCGCCAUCCCAGAGUGCGGAGUCGGGCUUGGUGGUGGAAACUGGGAGUAAGCAGCUUGAGGAAACCCCGUAAAGGGUCUUCAGACCUCCAUCUGGGGGGCGGCCUCCGCGGACCUGGGGCUGAAGGGGCGGGGCCGGGCGGGAGAUCCAGCGGUGCCAGCCUCGGGCGCAGCCUUUGUUGGAGGCCCAGGCUGCCGGCUACGUGCCCGACCACGCGGCCCUCUCUGGCUGCAGCUGAAGCCAAGCGGGGACUUCCUGACUGGGGAGGGUGAAGCGGCUGGAAGUCUGUCCCAGGGAACUUCUGGGAGUCUCCUGGUGUUUGCCAUUGGGGGCGGGGUGGAAGAGGAGGGAUGCCAGUGCGGGGAAACCACACUGAGCCCUGCCAGCGUGCCACGGCUUCUGCCAUUGCUGCCCAUCCUCAGGGGGUUACUGCCUCACACCGGGGUCUUCCCAGGUGAUCCCAUCCACAUCUCUGUCACCUUCCAUGCUGAGGUUUGUCAGCGUCUGUCCAGGCAGUUGAUAAAUAGAACGGAGCCGAGUUAAGACACUCGUAAUCCUCAGCCGGGCUCCUGCCAGCUCACAUCCACCCUGUCUCCCCCUCCAUUUCCUCUGCCAGCUCCGCCCCCGCAGCUACAGGGACAGGAAACCCCAGGAGCAGCAGCAGCAGGAAAAUAGUGUCUGGUCCAGCCCUUUGAGGCAGGGCCUAGGUUUUCAGGCUAAAACUGGAAGGCAAGGAGGACCUGGGGUGGGCCACAGAAGUUCCUUCAAAUACACAUCUGUGACCCCAGCAGUAGGUGCUGGCACCUGGCCUUGCCCAUACUGGGCAGCUGAGGGGAGAGUUAGGAAGGUCUGGGGGCCAUCCUUUGCAGCUCUCAGGGAUUGCUAGGUGGAGGGAUGGCUUUGCCCCUCACUAUCUCAGUGGGACUGCCUCCCUCCCAGGGCCUGAGGCCUAGCCAGCAUCCAAUGGAGGACAAGAAGAAGAAAAGGAGUCCCAAGCCCUGCCUGACCCAGCCAGCCCAGCCCCCAGGCACACUACGCAGGGUCCCAGUGCCCACCAGCCACAGCGGCUCCUUGGCCCUGGGACUCCCUCAUCUGCCAUCCCCCAAGCAGCGGGCCAAGUUCAAGAGGGUCAGCAAGGAGAAAUGCCGCCCAGUGCUGGCAGGAGGUGGGGGUGGCUCUGCAGGCACCCCCCUGCAGCACUCGUUCCUGACCGAGGUGACCGAUGUCUAUGAGAUGGAAGGUGGGCUGCUGAACCUGCUCAAUGAUUUCCACUCAGGCCGGCUGCAGGCCUUCGGGAAGGAAUGCUCCUUUGAGCAGUUGGAACACGUGCGGGAGAUGCAGGAGAAGCUGGCCCGGCUGCACUUCAGCCUGGACGUGUGUGGAGAGGAGGAGGAGGAGGAGGAGGAGGACGGGGUCACUGAGGGGCUACCUGAGGAGCAGAAGAAGACGAUGGCUGACCGCAACCUGGACCAGCUGCUUAGCAAUCUGGAAGAUCUCAGUAAUUCUAUGUAUCCUUUCAAGGGGACUUGACAGUGUUUCUAUCAGAAGUAGUGCGGGUGCACGCUCCUGCAUGAUCUAAAGCAAAAGCGAAGGGGGUAAGGCACCUAGCAAGAAGGACAGGUGAGGACUGCAACCCCAGACCACGGAGCACUCCAGAGUCCCUGGCCCCCGCCCUUUUGCGCAGUUGGGGAAACUGAGCCUGUGCAGGUUGGGAAAAUAGGGCUGCAAGGACCCGGGUCCAGAGCAUCACAAUCCUUGACAG